GAUAUGUUGAAGAGCCCAUUAUGAACUGGUUAUCACAUGGAAGAGUUUUGUAGAGUAGAGCUAGCAUCCCAUUCAUUCAAUAGUUGUUGUUUCCCGAUAUUUUCAGAAAUGGAGAUGUUCCUUCAUAUAUAAGCAUAAUUUAUAGCUGGAGUGGGAGCAGCAGUAUGUCUGUAAUAUCUCUUCAAAUUGGCCAAUGUGGUAAUCAGAUUGGAGCUAAGUUUUUUGAAACAAUAUAUGAUGACUGUUGUUCAAAGAAAAGCUCACUAUCAUGCAAGACCAAUGAUGCGUAUGUUGAGAACUCGCUGAAUACCUUCUUUUUUGAAUCGCCAAAGGGAUGCUUAACGGCUAGAUGUGUCCAAGUUGAUAUGGAAGAAAAAGUCAUUGCAAAUGUUCGUAGAAGUACUUGUUCACAAAAAUGGAGUUAUUCUUCCAAUAGUUCCUUCACAGCUAAGUGUGGAUCUGGUAACAACUGGGCUUAUGGUUAUUUUGUCCAUGGUAAUGAAUUUGAAGAUAAGAUACAAUGUUUAAUUCAAAAUCAAUUGGAAAAUUGUGAUGCAUUAGAUGGUUUUCUGGUGGCAAUGAGUUUAGCUGGUGGAACAGGUUCAGGUGUUGGAACAAAACUGCUCACACAUUUAUCAGAUAUUGUGCCUAAAGCCUGUGUACUUGUUCAACUUAUAUGGCCAUUUACACAUGGUGAAGUAUCUGUUCAAGCUUAUAAUGCUAUUCUUACACUUGGGCAUUUAUUAUCCUCAUCUACAGCGAAUAGUUUAGAUGGUUUUAUCAUGCAUCAUAAUGAUACUUUGCAUAAAAUUUGCUCUAACCGCCUGUUAGCUAGUGAUCCAAAUUGUCAAAUUGGUAUGGAUCAUUUAAAUACAUUGCUUACACAUCAAUUGGCUGGAAUACUACAGCCAACUGCAAAUGAAAUGGAAGGAGAAUAUUUUAAAGAUAAAAGACGCUUAACGUCGUAUUUAUUGGAUCUUUGUGGACAUCCUGACUAUCGAUUAACACGUCUACGUUGUCUACCGUAUAUGCCAGCAGAAAGUCGUAAAUUUUGUACAGAAACAUGGAGUCAACUAGCUCGUCAUGCAAGACAAAUGUUAUUGACAGGUUCAGCUGUUGAAGAUAAACUCGACUGGUCUGUCACUGCUUCAGGACCUGGGUAUACAAACAGGAUUGAAAAUUCACGUCUUCCAUUGCUUUCCUAUGCGUCUGUGUUACGUGGUGAAGGUGCAAAUGAUCAAAUUCGAGAUGCAGAUAACUUUGCAAAUUCUUUAACUAAAAAUCUUCUAAUUUGUGGUCCAUCGCCAGCUCUAGUUCCUAAUCCAUUUGGCCCAGUUGUUCGUGGACAUCCUCGUCAUUUUAGAGACUAUCCACGCAGUCUCUUCGUGGCUUCAAAUGGUGGAGGACCACGCUUAGGGAAUUGCUCAACAAUUGACGACGCAUACAAAGAGUCAUUGAUGUCUAGUGCGUUGUCAGGUGACACAGUAGCUAGUUUGAAAUGUGUCUCGCUUCGGGCUUGGGAGUUAUACGGUUCCAGAGCUUACAUUCAUCAGUAUGAAAAGUACGGGCUGACAGCUGAUAUGUUCAUGGAUUGUGUUGCCACAGUAGAGCAAGUUGCUCAUUGCUAUUCUAAACUACCGUGGCAUUAACAUGUCCUGGCCAACUUUGUUUAUUUUUGUACAUAAUUUGUAAAUAGCA